AUGGACGAACCCUCAAGACUAGCAGCGCCUUGGGCCCGAUUGCCUCCUGAGAUCAAAGCAAACAUCAUGGGACGUCUUGCACGGAUGGAUCUGAAGUCCUGCCGUCUACUUGAUAAGUGUACGAAUUUGGCGGCCACACGUGCGCUCUUUCGAACACUCUGUCUGUCACCCAGUCUGAACAGCGUCAAACGGCUGUCCAAAGUCGCAGCACGACCCAACCUCGCCAGUCAAGUGCAUACACUGCACAUCUACCGGCACUAUCUCAAGCUCGUGUCCUUCGAUGAAUGCAUCAGAACCGGCCAUUUGGCAGAACACCUACGGCGGUUACAUCCUCUUGACGCAGCUUCGCAUGCUCUCGAACUCUUGGAGGCAUACAAAGGCGAAGUAGAGGCCCAGCUGCAUUUCGCGGUUCAAGGCCCUCCUCUGCUCUCAGACUCGCUGAAGAAGUUCCCGCACCUCCAGUGCUUUGUCCACUGCGGCAUGACCAAUCCAACCGAGAACGGAGAUUAUCUCCUCGACGAAGACUCAGACUUGUUGAGAAGGACGGGUAUAAGGACGCUGGAGGGCAGAACACACUAUCUGAUGAUGCACUCAACCUUGCAGAAGUGUCGGGGUCUUAAACCUGUAUCCAUUGACCUGUCAUCCUUCUACUGGUGGGAGUUCUAUAACUGCAUGGAAAUCCCUCACGCAAAGGCGCUUUUCGAGAGAGUCAUCCAUUUCAAGCUGACGUUCGAAGUCAAGAGUUUCGAUCGAGGAUCAUGCCCUCUCAAGCCGACCAAUGCUCAUUGGAGGAAAGGAUUGACCAAAUACCUGGGGCAGCUCGCAGAAUAUCUGCCAGCAGCCGAACAUGUGUGGCUUGGUUUCGAUGAAUUGGUCGUAGGGCAGCAGAGAAGGCAAUCUGUGCGCAGCUAUGCAUUGACCAAGAUGACCAGCUUGCUGCUCCGUCCUCCAGCUCCCGAGAAUGCUUGGUCCAGGUUGAACAGCCUCACUCUGGAAAACAUUGCAGUCGAGGUGAAAGACUUAAGCAAUUUCAUUGCACGACACUCGGAGCUACUUAGGUCACUCACCAUCAUCAACAUCCACCUGCGCGAAACUGACAGAAUCAGUGGAGGAAUCUUGUCUUCAAUGAUGAAGCUGAUCUCGUUCCUCAACAGAGAAACUCGGCUGGAUCAUUUUGCCCUAAUCGGCACCUUUUUGGGUCCGGAUGGGGACACGCUGACCUGCUGUCCUAAGGGGAAGGGCAGUAUCCUGCACGACCUCAACGAAUACGUCUGUCACCGCGGCGAGUUCCCCUUCUGCAGCCCCAAGAUAUUUCUGCAAGAUGUCGACACGUACUGGCCUUCUGCGACGGUCGCGGGGAAUAAGGUCACUAUUCCUGGUCCACGCCAUUGCAGGGUCGAAAUAAUACUGGGGAGCGAUGAUUCGUGGCACAUCGAGGGGCCGGAGCGUCCUGCGCCACCGAUGUGGUUCUUUGGCCGUCAGCAGUGA